GCAGUUUCCGGCGACGGUUGAGCCCCUGAUCUUAUGGUGUUACCUAUGCCUUUCCCCAUCCCCCCCCGGGCAUUAGUUAAACGUCUAUUAUAAUUAUUAAUAUAUAUUUUUAAAACUUAUUUCUUGCUGAACACGUCUGAAUGCUGUAUGUCUGCCGUCGGAGGCCCAGCCUAGCCGAGCGCGGAGAGGCUCGUCACCAGAAGGUCAGCCCGCUGGGUGCUCCCCCCUUUUUUUUUUUUUGGACGCGAAAACUAUGAAUCGGGCAGAAAUACAAAAUGGCCCCCCACCCUAUGACGGCCCCUCCUGCAGUGACGGGGGCCGAGGCGGAAGCGGAAAGGCGCAAAAAGGCCCCCAGGGCGCCAAGAGACCCUAUAUAAAUAUAGAUUUAGCCGUUGGGACUUUCAACGUGGGUUCCUUGUCCACUGAUGAGUUAGUAGACACGCUGCUGGAGGAGCUAAAAAACAUACACAUUGAUAUACUUGCUAUAAAUGAAACUAGACGUGAAGAAGAGGUUUCAUCUGAAUGGAAGGACGGUUGGCAGGUUCUUCUCGGAGAGGGGAGUGAAGGAGUUGGUGGGGUUGGUUUCAUGGUGGGCCCAAAGGCAACAAGGAACAUAAUUUCAUGGUAUACUUGGUCCUCUCGCCUCGCAGUGCUUACAAUGAGGGUCAGCCGAGAUGCCACCAUGAAAAUCAUUGCUGCUUAUGCACCAAGAUCCAUAGCAGAGGAGGAAGAAGUAGAUAAAUUCUAUGAGGAUCUUGAUAAAAUUCUCCAAAUUGAAUCAGCAUAUACUCUGAUACUUGGUGACUUCAAUGCAAAAGUGGGCACAGGAGAGGAAGGGGAAGAGUAUGUUGGAAGAUAUGGUUCUGGAUCAAGAGAUGAAAGAGGCCAAAGGCUUGUAGAAUAUGCAGAAGCCUCACACUUGUAUAUCAUGAACACUUUUUUCAUGAAGAGAGUAGGAAGGCGCUGGACAUGGUCACCAGAUGAAGUUGUAAAAGAAGAAGUUGACUAUAUUUUAACAGACAAGAAGCAACUGGUUACAGAUGUGGCAGUCAUUUCAGAAUCAGUUGUCUGUAUGCAGUCAUAUCAUCGGUUGGUUCGGGCAAAAGUUAAAUUAAACACCAAAUUAGAAGAAAGGAUGAAGAUGAAAAGAAGGCACUGUGUGCGAUUACAGCAGCUUGAAGAAGAACUGUUUCAACACACUGUGGAAUCCCAAAACUGGGAAAUGAACAGAAAUAGAGACUAUGAUUCUGAAUAUGAACGACAUUUACUACAAAAGAUUAACCGAUGUAAAAAAAUCAUCACAAUGAAGAGACCAAAAGAGCCCAGAAACCGCCUUAGCCAAGAAACACUUAACCUCCUUGCUAAGAGGAGAGACAUGGCAGCUAGGGGUGAUAAAGGCCAGGAAUACAAGGCCAUUUGCAAAACACUAAGGAAGAAGAUGACUGAAGAUUACGAGCAGUAUCGACAAACUAGACAGCAAAAAGCAGUUGAAGAAAGAACGGUUGGUCAUCAGAGAGGUUGGCAUGAAAACCAGCCAAGAUAUAGUUUCCAAAGAGGAUUUGCAGAGAGAAUUGGCAGGAGGACAGCAAACAGAUGGGAAAUAGAACAUACUGUUCCUGGUCGUCCAGAAACAGCGACUUCCCAAUCAGGAGGUAGUGGAGGUAACUACGUGGUGAGAGUUGGUGUGCAGGAUGGGACCCGUUUGGAUUGUAUUUGUUAUCUGCUAUUUGGGCAUUGUAAAGGAUCCCUCAAAGUUCACAAAACAACCCUAUUCCUUACAUUGACUUCCAAGAUUAUGAUUCUCCAGAAUCACUUCUAGAGCUUGUAAUUCUCACAAAUAAAAUCUUUUGUUCAGAUAUGA